UGGUGGAUCAACAUCAUUCUAGCUAGAAGUACUAAUUAAUAUUCAAAUUGUUUAAUCGACAAACCAGCCACAGUUUGAUAAAGCACACUUACCUACAAUUAUCAAAACAUUUUUCUUCAAUUUUUCUCAAAACGUAAACUCGCCAAGUUGUCGACAGGCGUUUCUGAAUUAAACCAGGCCGAUCGAUUAUCGCGAUAAAAUCGACACGCAGGAUCGAUUACAAGCGUCGUCGACCGUUCUCGUGCGAACCAACAGAUCCUAUCACGCUCGCGAAACGGGUUCCCCCGCUGAUCGCGAGCCGAUAAUUACUCCUCCCCUUCUUUCCUUUGAUCUCUUAUCGCCGACCAGUCGGGAUCUCGCUUGAAAAAUUAAAAUCUGGUUAUGAUUUCUGUUCCUCCGACCUUUUUCGCAUUUCACGGUUGAUUUCUCCCUGCGUGGAUAAUUUACUGGCGAACACUGAUCGCGCGGAGAUACGGCGAUAACGUAUCGGCUCCCGUCACGUAGCGAUAUGCAAAUUGUUACGGAAUAAUCGAGUGAAAUUAGCGAACGCUCGUUAACUUGGCAGCGACACGUAAAACAAAGAUGGAUGAAAUAGUAACGUCUGGGAAUAGUAAUCGAGGACCUGUUAAUGUAUAAACUUCUAUGCUUUUCUUCGGUUCGUCGCUGAUGCUUGCGUAGCGAUUGAUCAGCUUUUUCAGCAUGAAAACUUUCCGCGACGUGACGCUGAUUUAUUAUUGCGCGGGAAAUCGAUUGAAUUGCUUUAUCGAUCAAUCCAGAAGGCUCGAAGUGUGGGUGUCUAAAUUCAUUCCGGACUUUGAAUUACAGUUUCAUGCUGCAUCAACUUCGGCUUUGCAGAUUUUCGAAUGAAAUUCUUAAUGAAUCAUUACGUAUUUCUUGUUCUCUGUUUGAUUUUUUGUUAAAAAAAGAAGGUUUACAAAGAAAUCUUUGGCUUUCUUGACAGUCACACGUAUUAAAAUAAUAUUAGGUUUCCAUCAGAUUUCGUGGGCCACUUCAAACGUUGCUCUAGAUUUGUUUAUAUGAAUAUUUAUUAAUGGGACUCGUGCUCAAAAUGAAACAAUUGUAACAACUAUACACACGUGGCUAUUUGACUAAAAAUAAUUUCUUUUAAAUUAUGAUAGUUUACCCCAUCUCUUAUUCUUCUAAAUUUCCUUCAAUAACAAUAUAGUUACAAUGAGUUUCCCAAGAAGAUCAUGCAUACUUUCAGUUAAAAUAAAAAAAAAAAAAAAAAUCAUAUGCAUUCCAUACAACUUACGUUUGACUAAAAACAACAUUCCCAAUGCUCCCAAUGUUGAAGACCUGCACAAUGAAAUAAUGUUUCACGCUUAUCUGAAUACCUUUCAAUUGAACAAACGUUGCGAUUAGAUUGCUGCGCAGACUUUCUAUUUCCGUUCUAUCGUCGGAAUAAAAUAGAGCCACCGAGCGCGGUUUCCAGCGCGAACUUAUGGCCGUGAAAGCACGUGGCGAGGUCGGAGAACGAGGGGAUUGGCCCGUUUGGUUUCCCCUACGCAAGCUCGCCGCGAUCCUCUUCUGGGAACCUUCUAACUGGAUCCAGUUCGCACCGCGUCCCUCGUCCAGCGUGUCGUGACCUUUCGCUCGUGAUUCGCGAUUCCUGUCACGGAACAUCUGUCAAGUUCAGUUCGGAGAGAGACAUUAGCUUUCUCGGAUUCAAACAGUUCUAGAUUCCAGACGAGUAAACAAACUUGGGGAACGGUUAACUUCGAGAGUGUUAUGGUGGCACGUGGACAGAAUUCCCAGUGCAAAACAUUAUACUCCUUUUUUAUUCAAAUUUGGUCGUUCCACGAAGAUCGAGGAAUUAAUCGCGAGAAUGUCUCAUGCUUUCAAAUGAGAAGCUUUCAGGAUAUCGAGAGGAGGAAUACAUUUCUUGAUCCUGGGGUCAGAGUCGAUUAACUGAAAUUCUAUUUGAGAAGUUCGUAGGUCCGUGGGAUCGAAUAAUAUUUAUUUUUUAAAAGAUGAUGGAAGAUCCUGAGGUGAAAAUAGUGAAAUAGAUUCCAGUAUCGCGAGCAUCGUGGCAGAAUACCGGAGGGUGAAGGAGAGGUGGGCCGUGGGAGAGCACAGGGUGACAGCUUUUGUACCAGCAAAUUCACCCCGUCGAGUGUCCACGCGCUGCUGAAACAGUUUCCCGUCUUUUGCAACGCGAACGAUAAAUUGCAGCAGCGGUUGAAAAGGUUGGGGGCGAAACGAUGAGAAACAAAAGAUAGUUUGGCCGGCAUGAACGGUGCGUUUCUCGUGGAAAUAACCUUGAGGUAGAGGGAUGAAGACUCGAGACCACCGCGGAAGGGAUGGACUUCAGAGUCCCGUUUUCGAGGACAGCGGGGUGGCGAUUUCCGGCGAACAUGGCGAAAACUCGUCCUCGGGCGAGGGCGAGGGGAGCGUUUGUCUGCGAAAGCCUGGAGCACCGAUAGGAAACGAGGAGGAUGAGAAUCGGGAUCCCAGAUACAUUGCACGAUGUACCAUAAGACAGCAUUACUACCCGGAGAGUGGUUGGGGUUGGGUGGUCGUUGUGACCGGCGUUAUGGUGCAAAUUCUCUCCACGGGAAUUCACGGGGCUGUCGGAUCCUGGCUGCUGUUGGAGGGAACGAAACGAUACCGCCAACCCCUAGUCAACGUAGGAUGGCUAGGUGCAAUGUCGACAGGAGUUGCCCUGCUGGUUUCACCUGUGACGAUAGCGUUUUGUCGAAGAAAGAGCACCAGGCUCACUGCAGUUUUGGGUGGACUCGUUACUGCGCUUGGUUGUCUCUUCACUUCGUUCGCAUCGCAGUUCCAUCAGCUGUUCUUCAGCUACGGGACUGUUGUUGGUAUAGGUGUUGGCAUGACGAGGGAUUGCAGUACUCUGAUGGUGGCGCAAUAUUUCAAGAGAAGAAGGGAGCUGGUCGAGAUUUUCAUUGUGUCCGGAAGUGGCCUUGGUAUCGCUGUCAUGUCAGCGUUCAUAAAAGGAGCGAUUAGCAAGAUUGGUUGGCGCUUGGGUCUUCAGGCGGUGACAGGCGUGGUUUUCCUCACUUUUAUUUUGGGCACUUUUUAUCGAAGCGCGUCCCUGUAUCAUCCCCAGCGCAGAGCGAUUCUUCACCUGAAAAAUCAAAAGCGCAAGAUCAAGGACAAGAACAAGACGGACGACAGGCCGCCGUUCUUCGACUUCAGCACGCUGAAGAGCAAGACCGUUAGGAUACUGCUAGUGUCCACUGGAAUAUCCGCCUUUGGGAUCAACACGCCGAUAUUUUACUUGGCACAUCAGGCUGAGGAAGAAGGUCUGGGCGACACGGUGAUUCUGCUCCAGGCGUAUCUGGGCCUUGCCUGGACCCUAGGUUGCGUGGCCUUUGGUCUUCUCGUUGUCCAUCGCAGCGUGGAAUGCAGGAUAGCGCGUCAGUACCUGACGCAGGCGGCAGUCUUCGUCUGCGGACUCUGCAUCCUGGCCCUCACCGCUGUUCAAGGGAAUUAUCACGGAUACGUCAUGUUUGCCUGGAUUUACGGCAUCUUCUGUGGCGGCUACCACUACAGCCUCAAAAUGUACACGUACGAGAGAGUGAGGGCGAGGAACUUUGCGAGAACUUGGGGUUUUGUGCAAUGCUCUCAAGCCAUACCAAUUGCAAUCGGUGUUCCCAUUUCUGGAUACAUGAACGUCGGCUGCGGCGGAAAGGCUGGUUACUAUUUCAGCUCCACCUGCGUUCUCGUCGGCAGUUUCACCCUAUUUUUCAUAGAUCUUCAUAGAAGGAAUUUGUCGAGGCACAAACACACCAGGUCCAACGGGACCAAGCAUCUCUGCAUUUCGGACGCUUGCCCGCAACGUCGACGACUGUCGUUCAGCCAGGAACCGGAAAACGACGUUCCACACGUCGCAGCAGCUGGGGCUGCCGCGGCUGCGCUCGUUCUUGGCACGGAUAUUUCACCACCACCAGGUGAGAUGAUCGACGCGAUCGCCCCUGAGAAACCUGAACUGACCUGCAUCUCCGAGGAGGGGAUCGCCGACAUGGAUCUCCCGGACAACAUGCUCGAGGAUCUCGAUUACAUAGGCGAUUGCAUAACCUCGUGCAACAAGGUCGAGAACUAUCUGAUGCUCUCGGAGUUCGAGAAUAAUCUGAUCGCCGAGAUGCCGAUCAUCACCGAUCGUCGAGGUCGCAGAUGGUCCCUGGCGCGAUCGAAAGGUAGUCGAACGAAUUUCGAACGAGCAGUGGGAGUUCAACCGACGAUCGAGGAAGCCAAUUCCAAACCGAAAUGGCACGCGGCAAAUGUUGCUCCUAGUAAUAGGGUGAUCACAGUGAUCGACGAAGCCAGCGCGUAACACGAUCGAGAUUGAAUAACGAAUCCACAAGAUCUAACGACACUCGAGGAAAAUAGUCAAUGUAUGGAUCGAUAACUACAUUGUGCUGUACCAUAAAUAUUCGUUGUUUUCUAAGUGUAAUCGAAUAACAUAUUGAUUACAAAGCGGAGGCACAUGUGCUCCGAACCUUGGCGAUCGUUGGCACAUGUGCCUUCGAUUGCCUCGCUUGAUUCUUUGAUCCACAUACGAUUUCCAGCCAAUAGUGAAUGAAUAGCUUAACCUGUAAACUUUUACAACGAUAUGUGACACUCAAAUUCAUUUAAAAAUUUUAUCCCUUCAUUUGAUUAAAAAAAAAAAAAUAGCAAAUAAUUAUGGUACAACCCAGUACUCCGUAAAGAACCACGAAUUCACUUUUUUAUUAACCUUGUUCUCCAGAAACAAAAUGUAAAUACAAGAACUGUAUCGAGCAGGGUGAAAGGGCGAGGUUUAACGACCCCCAAGUACAACCUAAUUUAAAUUCAUAGCCAACGAAUUGAUUUUCGAAACAGUCGAUCGCAAUAGUACAAAAAUAAAGGAUAUUAUUGUGCAAUUAUUAAUACAGUAUAAAUUAAAGACUCGUACUAACAGUGCCACUUGUGUUUUGGGAAUAACGAGGAACUGAUUUUUCUUAUCAUUGCACUGCCUUCGAGAAUUCGUCUUGGUUGUUCCUUUUUUGAUUUAAGGUACCGUUAGAAGUCGUAAUAGCGAUAGUUGGCGAACAAUGGCACGCUAAUCUGUACAGCGUUCGGCGCUCGAUAGGAGCGCGAGAUUCCAGUAGGGGUCGCUUAAUUCGCGGUGCAAUUAAGGACAAUAACGUCGACUUUCGACGAGAGGAACCACGGAAACGUUCCGUCCACAGGGGAGUAACCUCGACUCGCCGUCGGCGUAUUUGUUUACGCUUCGUGUCAGUUCACUGCCACGCGUAGAUGCACAAGUUAAACGAUCACCUAUUCCCACGAAAACCUAGAAACUCCGUAUUUUUAUAGAGAUCAAAUCCAGAGGUUUACAAUUCUUCAGAUUCAUCCGCAAGAAAAAGCCACUGUUCUAAGUUCAUUUCACAAAUUUUUUCGGGAUAAUUACGCUGAUAAAUAUAUUCAAAAAUUAAAUAAAAAUGUCACGAUCUGCAAUAUCAGCAAUAGCUAGGAGGUUUAUUGAUUAGAAGUCGAAGGAGGAACGAAUACCAAUCAAAGAAAUAAGAUAAUAAAAGAAGUGAAAUCCACUGAACCGAAAACCUAAUUUUUAACACAAUCAUCUACAUCGAUAUCCUUGCCAACACUGAAACAUGCAAAUCUCUACUCGAGACCAGCAGUUAAAAAUUGAAAAGCAAUUUUUAAUGAGCCUUGUAAUUUGUAAUUGAAUUCUGGAGAUUCACUGGAAUAAAUUAGAGUGGCGAAUGGUGAUCGUUUAAUUCCUGUCGAUGUAUAAAACUAGAAACCGUGACCUGGAGUGUCCAUCGAGGAGAAAUCGGUUGAACUAAAGGUCGAUGCUUACACGUAGGCGAAGCUAGCUAAAGGUAUUGAAACUAGUCCAAUCGGAGCUCGUACGCAGCGAUAAGUGGUAUAGUAUAACGAUGCAAAUAUAUAGCCAGAAGACAAGAAUUUAUCUUUGUACCGUCGUUCGAGACGUUUUGAGAGCUUUUCGACGAGCAAACGUUCCUCUUCGGGGAACGAGCGAGCCGCGAACGGUACAAGAGCCCAGAGAUAACGAUAACUAUUUAUUUAACAAACUAUUUAUAUUAGAAAUUACAUACGCAUGUCAUGUACAUAGACACUCGCUUCUAUACGUGAUGACAAACGUGUAUCCAUGCGUGUGGUAAUGCAAUCUAGAUUAUUAUCGAUUAAGGAGCUCCGGAUUAGUCGAGCGCGAUGAAUUUCCAACUAAAUUCGAUUCUAAAAUAAAUUUCUAAAAGAAGGAAUUAGUAUUAAAGUAAAAAGAGAUUGCAAUUUCUUGCGGUUGAGUUAGCGCGAAAAUAAUUUUAUUCUUUCGCACCGAGAUGAUAUUUUGGAAAAUAUUGAAUACGAAGAGUGGUGGUAACAAAGAUGAUGUUGAAGAUAUUUUCAUCGAACGAUCCAGUCGCGAAAUAUUUUUAAUUAAAGGUGCCCCGUGUUCGCAGGAUGUUAAACGAGCAACAUUUUCAGUUGCGUUCGUCGUAUCGUCGCUAUCGAGACGAUAACGCGAGACAACUAGUCGACCGUGUAAACGAAUGUGUGUACAAGGAACAAUAAUUUACGAAUUACCGUUUAUUCCGCGAAAUACAGCAAGUCGAGCAACACCGAACAAACUGCCUAUAUUGUAAUACUGUAACGUUGUUAAUACAAAAUUGUGAUUUUACCAA